GCUGCAACUCCACCACCUCGCUCACACGCCUUUCCACAGAGCACAUGAUCUUUUCGUCGACCGGCAGACAAGCUUAGCGCCGUUGCAUCUUAUGUCAUGGGUGAGCAGUGUGGGCGGCGGCGGCGCGGGUUACGCGGGCUUGUACGGCGGAUACGCGGCGGCCGCGCUUGCUGGGUUGGCAGGCCCGCCGCCGAAGCGUAAACGGCGUCACCGCACCAUUUUCACGGAAGAACAGCUUGAACAGCUCGAGAGCACCUUCGACAAGACGCACUACCCCGACGUCGUGCUGCGAGAACAACUCGCACUGCGCGUCGACCUCAAAGAGGAACGAGUAGAGGUGUGGUUUAAGAACCGGCGGGCGAAAUGGAGGAAACAGAAACGAGAGGAGCAGGAGAGGUUGCGGAAGCUGCAAGAGGAGCGGGCUUGCGGCAGGACUCCACUCCUGCCGCGGCCGCCGCCUGCCCGCUCCCCGCACUCGCCGCACUCCCCGCAUACGCCCGGCGCGCACUCACAGCCCGGCAGAAGUUACUCCGACGACUCUGACUCCGAGGUAGAGGUAGCUUAAGCUAUCUACUGUCAGUAAAAGUGAUAUAGACGUGUAGAACUUAGAGUGAAGUGACAGUGGUAUACCAAACAGACGAAACACUCAUA